AUGGCUGCUUCCAACAUUAGUUCAAUCCUUUUCUUGAUCAUAGCAUUAUUUUCCUUAUCAAGCAUCAACACAAGCGAUGCAGCUCGCGGUCUACUCCAACUUCCAAACUUGCCUACAAUACCGUCAUUGCCUCAACCAGCAAUGCCGCAGUUGCCUAAAAUUCCCAACUUGCCAACAGCAGCCACAUUGCCACCAUUGCCAACACUUCCAACAGCAACACCAUUGCCUUCUUUGCCGACUUUGCCCUCUGUACCAAAGAUGACUCUACCACCGAUGCCUGCCAAUAUUCCUAUUCCCAACAUGCCUUCACUUCCAACCAUUCCUACACUUUCACCCCCUCCAUCCAACUAG